AUGCCGGAUAAAGGGCGGCCCAUUGGGGCCGAGAGAGCCCCCUGCCUCGUCUGGGCCCGCCUCUUCGCAAGGGCGGGCCCGGGCCCCAGGCGGCGGAGAAGAGGCCUGACACCGCGCGGCCCCACAAGCAGGGUCGGGCCCCUGCUCAGGAGGCCCGACCCAAAGGGGGGCCUGCCAGCCCUACCGGGGGCGGGCCAGGGCCGGGUUCCCGCGGACGGCGAGGAGGCACUGCAGCCCCUUCUGGCGAGGAGGGAACCGGAGGGCGCGCUGCCCGCCCUGGGCCUCCUUCUCCAGCCCACGCCCCCCUCGCCGGGGCAUGAACAUCCGGGGCCACAGGGAAGAGGAGCGCUACCUGCCCCGUCUGCCCAAUCCGGCGCUGACUCCGCCCAACUCGGCCACCUGAGGCUUUGGUGGGGUCAAGGGAAGAGCAGCUUCCUAGCAGCGCGCUGGCUCCAUCUGCCGGCCGGCCAACCGAGGAACAGCAGUAGCUCAUUGGCGAGGAGGGGCAUGACCUCCCUACUGCCUCUCCAAGGACACGACCAUAAUGAGCUACUCGGUACCCCUCAAUGCCAAUAUCUUAUCAAGGGAGUUGGGCUCUACGGCUUCAUGCUCAGUGUCUGCUGGCACCUGACACGGCUGUUGCUCAUCAAGACAUCGAUUGUGCUGGUGACACAGAAGUUCUAUAACAGACGUCACCAGGUGGCACUUGUGGGUCAAGAGCCCUUCCAUCCUCUUCUCUGGAUCCAUUCGGGACAAUAUUGCCUAUGGGGUGGAGGCCUGCGGCGUGGAGGAAAUGACUGCAGCGGCCGAAGAAGAAGCCAACGCCUUGGCAUUGAUCCGUGAGCUGAAAGAAGGCUUCGGCACAAG